AUGAAAAGUGUGAAAAGUCACUUCAAACCAGUAAUCAAAACAUCACCUGCCACUUCAUCAGUCGCUUCUCCUUCCGAUACCACUACUUCAAACAAAAUGACUACAAAUGCAGAAGUUGAAACUUUGCCGGGUUCAACACCGCAAAAUACUAAAGAUACACAAACUAAAGUUACAGGCAAACAAAAAACACCAAAGAGUGUAAAUAACGCAUCAACACAAAAACAUAAAAAAACUCAAAAAAUAUCCGAUGCUGGCCAAGUAAAAAAGGCAUAUUCCCCUCGUAAAAAAAAGACCAAUACUGCCGAUACAGCCACAUCUUCUGAUGUAUCACCAGAAACAUCUAAAACUACUGUUACCCGUAAAAGAAAAUCGAAAAAAGAUCAACAAGAAACAGUAGCAAAAACAACAGAAACUUCAAAUAUCAAGGUUGACGUAGGUGAAACAACAACAACGACAGAAGUCGUUGCAAAUAAUAACGGUAUACAACAACAACCAUCAACGGUUUUAGAAAGUCCCGUUACGGAUAAUCAAACUCAAGAUGUCGUUCCGGUUAAAGCUCCAAAAAAACGAAAGAGUAAAGUCGUUACUGCAACGGAUAAUGAUACGAAAAAAGAAACGAAUAAUGAUGGCGAAUCUUCGGAACAGAGCAAACCUAAGAGAGUAAAGAAGGCUAAAGAUCCAAAUGCUCCUAAAAAGCCACCAAAUGUUUACAUGCAAUUCUCAAAGGUUAAAAGGCCAGAAAUUAAAAAAGCAAACCCGGAUGCGAAUCCGAAAGAGAUACUUACUUUGAUCAGUGAAGCGUGGAGGAAAUUGUCCGAUGAAGAGAAAAAACCAUACCAAGAUAUGGUUAAAGUAGCUAUGACCGAAUACGAAGAACAAAUGAAAUCUUAUAAAGGUCAAAUGACCAUGUCAACACCAGAUGCAUAUACUCCAAAACAGAACUUGGAAACUCAAGAAAUUGAACAAAAUACAUUAGACGCGUCAGUAGUUCCAAAUAACGCGAAUCAAAAUUUGUCAGGAAUAAUGAUGUGUGAUAAUUCGCAGCCAGAUCUUUCUCAAUUAGCUGUGCAUCAAGCGUUACCAUCUGGUGUACCAUUCGAAAAUUACGCGUCAUACGGUCAACGAGACGAUAUGGAAGCAUUGUUAGAUAUGCCAGAUGUUGGAAAUUCUUAUGAAUUUCAAACAAGUGAUCCAAGUUUAUUUAAUAAUUCUGAACAACUAUUAACCGAUAUUCAAAAUGGUGGAAGCACAUUUGACUUUCAACCAACGAGUUCUAACUCUAAUAAUGCUCAAUUAUAUGAUAAUUCGGCUUAUCAAUUUCCAGCAACAAUGCUGCCAUUAGCUAUGAACAUUCAAGAAAAUCAGGAUACUCAUGGUACUUAUUUUUACGGUGAACAACAACCACUUCAAGUUGUUAAGCAAGAUCUAUUACUUUAUGAACCUCCUGUUCGAGAGAAUCGUGAAGCCUCCGAAUCUGGAAGUAGUCAAGAAGUUCAUAACUCACCAGUUAUAGUUAAAAAUAGAGAUCAUAAUUCAGGUAAUUUACUCUUAUGUCAACCAUUCGAACCAUCCAAUGGAAACAAUAAUAUUGGUAACAUCGAUAUGGAAGGGAAUGGUCACUGGUUUCAAGACGAGACUCAAUUCCAAGAUCCUUCGAAUUAUGUACAACAAUAUAACGAAUACGAUAUAUCACAACAGAAGAUACUUCAAGAUAAUUUACGACAAAUAUCUCAACAAGAAUAUUAUCAGAAACAAAUGUCACAACAUCAUCAACAACAAAUGGCACAAGAACUUUCGCAACAACGUGCAUCACAAGACACUUUAUUAUCGGAAUCCAAACAACACACUCCAAUACAGUCGUAUCAACCUCCUCCAUAUAAUGAUCAAAAUGUAAAUUGGACUGGUGUUCGAUCUGAAGUUGGUGGCGCUGCUGUUUAA